AUGUCAUCUUCAGAAGAAGUUGGAGGAGGAGGAGGAGGAGGAGGACGGAGACGUCGACGUAGAGGUGGAGGAAAUAAUGGUGUUUGGCCAGAGCCAUUCUUGGAGGCAUUGGCUACACAAAUGGCUAUUAAUGCUUCUAGUUCCAUUAAUCGUCUUGCUGCUGCUCAAGCACUCUCAAAUCUUUUUCAGGUUUGUUCAACAUGGAGAGCAGUGUCCCGGUCCGAUCUUCUAUGGCAAAACUUGAGCAACCGUAUAUGGAACCGCCGCCAUCUUCUCCGUCCAACAUGGCACGACGAAUACGUAUAUUGGCACCGUACUUCCAAUAAUUUCCGUCACUGUAGAUACGUAUACCGUACUCUCCAUUUUGUACCAGCAAACAACAACGACGAUAACAACGAUGGUCUCUCUUGUCGGCGUAUCGCGUUAUCCGAUCGCCAUUUAGCUGCCGGAUUCUCCGAUGGAUCGGUUCAAUUGUUUCAUCUACCAUCUAGGGCUCAUUUGUCUACGUAUCAUCCGCAACAACGUGACCGGCUUGGCCGGUAUUCUAGGGCUAUUUCGGGAAUUAUUUUGUCGGAUGAGAAACUUGUGUUUGCGUCAUUGGAUGGUGAUAUACAUGUGGUGGUGAUCGGCGGGGUGGAUGCUGAUCCGCCCCGCCGUGCACAUUUAGGAGAUGUGGUGAAUGACGGCGCUUUGGUGGAUUUCACCGGUCGUGACCGGUGGUGGGUCGGCCUUUAUGCAGGUGUACCGGGUCGGGCAUUUCACGUAUGGAAUAGUGAAACGGAGCAACUAAUCUUCGCCGAAGGCGAUUUAACCGAUCCUGAGGCAGUAACCGGUUGGCACCUCCUAACCGAGUUAACCGACCUCGUGGGCCGGGUCCAUGUCACAGCCCGUGACACUGCUGUGGCAUGUACCGGCCCACGACUUGUUGUUAUAGACUUACAUAACCAAGGGUUGAUCCUCCAAGAAAGAUCCUUCCAACAAGAGCUCAUUGUAGGAUCUUUCGAAGCCACGAGCGAGUUGCUCGUGGCGGUGGACGGACGGGGUGUUGCCACCGUCCGUCGGACUGAGGAUUUGGAUGAAUCGUGUAGGUUUAACGUGCGAGGCGCGUCGCGACGGGGGGUGGUUGGAAGCAUGAAUAGUAGUGGAUAUGGUGUAAUGUGUGUGGGAGAGGUUAUUAGGGUUUGGGAAGUAGAAAAUGGAGUGUAUCUUUAUAGUUUAAGGGAAAGAAUAGGGGAAGUAAAUGCCAUGCAUGCAAAUGAAAGGCAUAUAGUUGCUUGUUCUAGUGAUGGUACAAUUCAUUUGUGGGAUUUUGGGGCUCAAUAA